AUGUCCAGCCGCCAACAAGUGCAGACGGCGUGUCAAAACUGCCGCCAACGACGAGCAAAGUGCAACGGCGAGCAGCCAUGCAACCGAUGCGAGCAGCGCGGUCAGACGUGCGAAUACAGAGGCCGCCAAUGGGUGUCCAAGAGUGAUUUACGUGCUGAGAUUGGGCGGCUCCGGCACGGCUUGGGAAAGCUGUCCGCGCCGCCGCCGCCGCCGCCGCCAGAUCCGGAGCCCGGGACGACACGAGACUCUGCCGGCGUCGAUGACCCGAUGCAGAGCUGGAUCGAUGGCGUCAAGUCCCCCGAUGACACGCCGAGCGCCGGGCCCUUCCCCCCGCGGAAGAGUCCCCGGCAGCCGUUUCGCUCCAGCGACUCGUCCUCGUGCUUUGACCAGCUGCUGUCCUGGCGGUCCUGCCAUCCGACGUUUCUGCAACGCAACCCGGCCUCUCCCACCCUGCGUGGAAGGCUCACCCUGCCGUCCGCGCCACUCGACGCCUACGGCACCUCGACGGAUCUGGACAUGUGGACACAGAUUGGGUGGACGCGCGCGCACAUUCGACACCUUUUUGAUGUCCUCAUCACCUGGGACAAUGUCUCCUUUUGCAUCCUGCGGAAGAAGGAGUUUCUGCAGGACUAUGAGACUGGCUCGUCGCGGUUUUGCUCGCGGGCUCUGGUUCAUGCGGCGCUGGCCGUCGCUACGCGGCUGCUCAACGAAACAAAGGAAGACGCGCAUGUACUGCCAUCUGGCUGGCUUGGUAGCAAGUAUUUUCUGCGCAAAGCCGAUACUCUGCUUCGUGAGCAAGGAUCGUCCGAUAGCCUCCCCGAUAUUCAAUCUCUGGAUGCGGAUUAUCUCAAAGUACGAGCAACAACAUAUUGCGGAGCAAUAUCCUUACUGAGAAUGCUCAACUUGACCACUGGCGCGCUAUUCAACGAGGCUGAGCAGUCGCUGGAAGACUCUUUCAUUUUGGACCAGCUCCCCGACACUGGCGCUGGGGCAGACGCAGCAAGCCCUGUUGCGGCCAAUGAUGUCGCGCUGAGCUUACAGAUUGCCAAUCCACAGGUUCUCGUUGUCAAGAUGUUUCAACUCACCGAAUGGGUUUACAAGGUCGUUGUGGCGCACCAGCGAGCUUCGCAUUCGAACGAAUCGAUACAAGAGGACAUCUUGGAAACCUACACCAAGUGUCUUGGCUGGUACCGUGAUGUAUUUGAGCUCAUUGGUAACGGUGGAAGCAGAAGUCCAUUCAUCUUAUUUGUUCACAUGUACUACCACUUCUGUCUCCUUUGCGCCUUUCGACCCUUUGUUGGCUACAACUUUACAGACACCGACAUUCAGCCACACGAUAUGUGCAUUCAGGCAGUCCAGUCCAUCCUUGCGCUCGCGCAAUCCUAUGACGAUCUGUUCACACUCCGGCGUGUGUCGGCCCUGAUACCGUACUUUGUAUGUGCCUCCGGCCUCUUCAGCCUCGCUAUCGAAGACAGCAGAUCAGAUACGGACUUUUCCCAUAUUCCACCUCGAGAUGCAGGUGAUUCGCAGGCAUCAUGCCCCACCGCGCCUGGCUCUUCUCCACUGCCGACAUCGCGAAUCAGAGUCUCAAGUGUUGUCCAAGCUCGCAUCCUCUUAUCCAAGAUGGGUGAAAGCCACCCGGCGGCGACCAUGGCCACUGAGAAACUGAAGGAGAGCCUGACUAGUUGGCACCAGUCUAGAGGUAGCUCUAAUACUUGA